UUUGGCAUACAAUGUUCUACCAUCCUACAAUUUUGAAUUCUACCAUAAUUCAUCUCUUCACACUCAUUAGCUACCCUAUUCAUUUUUGGGAUAACAGUAUCGACAUAUACUAGUCGACUAUUUUGGCAAGACCAAGUAUUUAUUAUUCGUUCUUUUUUUGGGCCUGCAGGAAUGAGUUUGAAUUUCGGACAAAAAAAUCUUACAAUUAAGCCUGUGGUUCCAAAAUACAAAAUAGAGACCAUCAAAGUUCCAAAGCAGUCUCCAAGGCCGGUCCCACCCACCAGAACAUCGAGUAACAACCUCCGAACUGGAGCGCCUGCGACGAAGGUUGCGGACGCUCGUGGCAGAUUAGCUAUCUCCAAUUCUACCUCUGGCGUAGGAAAGAAGAGGAAAGAAAGAGAAAUGAGCGGAAGUCGUGGUGUAGGAAAAAACUCAAACUUUAAAGCUCGAAGAAGUCCGAGCCAGCGACCAUUGGAGAGUGACAGCGAGGAAGAUGAAGAGGAUCGCAUACCAGCCAAACGAGCCAAAUCUGAAAAUGUGGAACUUGAUCUGAGAAGAAGUCUGAAAGACCAAAAGGCUUUUUUGUCCGAAGCUGCUGACAAUCAAGGCUCUAAAUGUAAAAUGAUCCAUGCGGCCGAUGUCAUGAUGACGAAGCACAGGGCUAAAAGAGGCGAGAAGGUUUGCGAUAGAAAGAAGGAAGAAGGUGAAGCAGUUUAUCUACGAUACCCUAGCGUUCGUCGUAUGGAAAGGUGCGCUUCCUCUCCGCAAUUUUGAAUCUGAAGUAGAACUGAGCUGAUAAAUGUCACCAAAUAAAGAUACCAACUCAUUUCCGAAGGCGAAGUCAUUGAUCCUGGAGAAGAAGAAUUAAUUAAUCCUUACGAUGAAAUACCAAAGAUUGCAGAAAUUGUUAAGGACGAAUAUCUGACGGAAGAGCAAGCAGCGGAGUUCCAGCAUCCAGAAACGGGCAUCAUCCGCAAGAUUAACAAAGCGACGAACAAUAUUACUUGGACUCUGGCCAACAAACAUAAAAAGCCUUACGACAAAGCGAAGCUGAAGGAGCUAUUAGUCGAGUUUCGGAAUGCUGUGGAAGUUUACAACGAUGCGCUUGGUACUCUCACCAAGAAUGGAUCGCUAGCACAAAAUCUGGAUAAUAAGCAUUCACUAUCGUCUAAGCUUCUCAAAAUGGUUCUCCAGCAGGUAUACGACCGAGCAGUAUCUCCUCAGGUUGAAUUAACUAGAGAAUACGAAAACGGCACAGAUUACGUCUACGGCGAGCUUACAUUCCCAUUCAUAUCCCGAAUUCUCAAGGAAGAUACUCACAUGAAAUCUGAUCAGGUUUUCAUAGAUCUUGGUUCGGGGGUAGGGAAUGUCGUCAUUCACGCCGCCUUACAAGUUGGUUGCGAAAGCUGGGGCUGCGAAAUAAUGGAAAAUUGCUGUAAGCUUGCUUCUGCCCAAAAGACAGAGUUUUUUGCACGUUGCAGAGCUUGGGGUCUGAGCGCCGGAUCUGUCAACCUUGAGGAAGGGAAUUUCAUGGAGAACACAAAGAUUCAUGAGGCGAUGAGGAGGGCUGACGUUAUCCUGGUCAACAACCAGGUCUUCAACCCUGAUUUGAAUCAACAUCUUGUGGACUUAUUCCUGGAUUUGAAAGAGGGUUGCAAGAUUGUGAGUUUAAAAACUUUCGUACCGGAUGGUCAUGUUGUGAACCGCUACAAUGAAGACAACCCGAUCAAUCUAUUGCGAGUCGAAAAAAAGACCUUCGCACAAGGAGACGUCAGUUGGCAGGGUGGAGGAGGGAAUUACUACGUUGCCACGAAGGAUAGUAGCAUUGUUGCUAAUUAUCACAAGUCCCAAGAGGAAAGGCAGGUACGGGGAACUCGGGUUAGAUGAUUUGUGGAAAUAGAAAACUCAGGAGUAUGGCAAAAGGUCCAUGGACUUUGGACAAAUCGUUUUUCUUGUAUUAGUUGAUACCACUGGGCAGGUCAUUAUUAGGUACUUGGGUACACAGCGAUAUUAGGAUCGAGUCAUUAUUAAGUAGAUGUAUUCAUAGAUGGAUGUAUUUGU